AAUAUAUUGGACCGAUCUGUGAGUUUUUCUCACUAGAUUUGUUUACUUCCUGCCCCUCUCCUCCUUUUGAAUUCCAACCAAACAUUUGAAUUAAAAAGCGACUGGGUACGGGUGUGACUUGGAUGAUAAAAGUCGCAAACAUAAAAGUCUUGGGUUGGUUCCAUUCUCGACUUUUCCCUUCACCCUCCGCGAGCCAACGCAUAGGUUACUGAACACCCCCCCUCCCCUCCCCUCCUCCCAAGGUAACGUGUCGAGUUGCACAUCACCUCACGCAAAGUGAACCAUCACGUCAGGGGUGUCACAAGAACAAAAACAAAGAAGCUGUGACACAAAAUCUGAAAACAAAUUCCCUUUCCUUGUCAAAAAGACUCUUUCCGUACUUGUCUAGACAAACAUUAUCAGCCGCACAUCCCCCGCACUUGCUACUUUCGUCCUCUUCAUUCUCACCUCAGCGACAGCAAACAACAACCACCAAAAGCAAGACGACACGAGGCGACACAAGAACAAGGAAAAGAAGAAGCAAGAAAAAAAUACUCCCAGCAUCACUCUCAAAAUCUUGAAUCUCAAAAAAUCACCAACUCGGGCAAAGUCAUAAAUAAACUCUCGGCCUCAAUUUGGGGGUUUUCGUCUUUCAUCACUUCGGUGAAGGCCCAAAAUAUGUGUUACACCCACUACACCCGCGACGAAUGCAACGACUGCGACACGUACCAUGAACGGAUGGUGACCCACCGCCCUUGCAUCAAAUCCCUGCGUACGGGUCAGUGCAACAGAUCCUUCGACUACAAGACCAUCAAGAGACCCAACGAGGACGUCGACAAGUGCGCCAAGUGCCUCUCUGAUCGCACCGAGGCCGUCCGUAUAGCCACCAUCGGUGAAAUCAGGGUCGACCUGACGCCCUUCUGGAGACGUCAGGCCGAAGGGGCUGGGGGAGAGUGGCCGCCGCCGCAGCAGCAGCAGCAGCAACAACAAGAGGAUUCUUGAACAUUAUGAUUUGGGCAUCAAGCAACAGAGUAGAAGAAUCAACUACCCUCAUCAGAUGAUCAACAGCAACAACAGCGACGGCAACAACAACAACAAUGACCAACAAACACCUGUUCGGUUUUGCGAGGGAUAUGCAGAUUCACCGAACGCAUAACGAACUAAUCUGUCGACUUCUGAUCACACACAACUCGAAAAAAGCAAUCCAAUUCAGAACGAUGAUAAACAAAGCGUUGGAACUCCGAUUCGUUGCGGAUAAUCAAUAAAAACAAACAAAAAAGCAAGAGACCAUCCCAGGAAAUAACCUUUGCAUGACCUGGGUGGUCCAGAUUUGAGCAAGGACACACAUGAGACUAUGAGGGAGAUGAAAUUAUGACGCUGAUGAAGAGGAUAAUGAUGGUAAUAAAUGAUAUUCA